AUAUUUUUUUACUAUUUUUAAUUUUUAAUAAAACAUCUGACAUGUUUAAAAAGGAGACAAUAUAUAUGUAGUUGCAGAUGAUAUAUAAAUUCCUUCCAAUGAGGAAAAAGAGAGAGAAAAAAAAAUAGUUUUAAUAUUCGUGUGUUAUAUAUCAUUUUUUGAUAUGCAUAUUUUUAAUAUAAAAAGUUUUCUUCUAAUUUUUGUGCUUAUUUUCGUAAAUAAUGUCAUUCGAGGACAAAAAAAUCCACACUAUGUGGAUAAUCGAACGACAAUGGUCCAUCUGUUUGAAUGGAAAUUUGAUGAUAUUGCCAAAGAAUGUGAACGUUUUCUUGGACCUGCCGGUUAUGCAGCUGUUCAGGUAUCGCCAGUAAAUGAAAAUAUGAUAUUGUCAAAGAGACCAUGGUUCGAACGCUAUCAGCCAAUUUCAUAUAAAAUUGCAACAAGAUCAGGCAAUGAGUUGGAAUUUAAAAACAUGGUAAAGAGAUGUAACGCAGUUGGAGUUCGUAUUUUUGUUGAUGUUGUCGUUAAUCAUAUGACAACUGAUCAGUCACCAGCAAUUGGUACAGGCGAUACAAGAGCUGUGCCUCAAAAUAGAGAAUAUCCCACUGUUCCCUAUGGACCAAAUGAUUUUCAUCAACAAUGCACAAUUGCCAAUUAUAAAAAUGCAACUGAAGUGCGAGUUUGUGAAUUAUCUGGAUUACACGAUCUCAAUCAGACUCGUGAAAAUGUCAGAGACGCUAUUGUUGAUUUUUUGGACAGGUGUGUCGACGCUGGUGUCGCUGGAUUUCGAUUUGAUGCGGCGAAACAUAUGUUUCCAAAUGAUUUAAAAGUGAUUUACGGUCGUAUUAAAAAUUUGAAUACAAAACAUGGUUAUAAAAAAAAUAGUCGUCCAUUCAUUUAUCAGGAGGUAAUUGAUCUUGGCGGUGAGGCUGUCUCAAAAUUCGAAUACAAUGAAUUUGGAACAGUCAUUGAAUUUGCAUUUGGAAUAAUAUUAGGAAUGAUGUUUCGAAAUGAAAAGGAAUUAAAAGAUUUGGCAAAUUGGGGCGAAUCUGUUGCUUGGGGAUUGUUACCAUCGUCCGAUGCUGUUGUUAUGAUUGAUAAUCAUGAUAAUCAACGUGGUCAUGGCGCUGGUGGUGCAUCUAUUCUUAAUUACAAAUUUCCCAAACAGUACAAAAUGGCACAGGCAUUUAUGUUGGCCCAUCCCUAUGGCAAUGCAAGAGUAAUGAGUUCAUUUGCUUUCACCGAUCCAAAUGCUGGACCACCGGCUGAUAAAAAUGGAAAUCUCAUUUCGCCAAUUAUUAAUGAAAAUGGCAAUUCCUGUGACAAUGGUUGGGUAUGUGAACAUCGUUGGCCACAAAUUCGUAAUAUGGUAAUAUUUCGAAAUAUAGUAAAAAAUUCUAAACUCACAAAAUGGUGGAGCAAUGGUAAAAAUCAAAUUGCUUUUGCUCGUGAUCGUCUUGGAUUUAUUGUAUUUAAUAAUCAAAAUCAAGAUUUGAAACAACGUUUAGACACUGGUUUACCCGCUGGACGAUAUUGCGAUAUAAUAACUGGAAAUCAUGAAUCUGAUAAAAAAAAAUGUUCCGGUAAAACAAUUCAUAUUGAUAAAAAUGGAUUUGCUGAUUUUGAAAUAUCUCAAAAUGCAAACGAUGGAGUUAUUGCCAUUCACGUUAAUGCGAAACUUUAAGAAAUCGACAAUCGUUGCAAGAAAUAAUGGACAAGAUAAAAAGAAAAUUUAUUAAAAAAUAUUUGUAUAGCUAAUUCUUCAUUAAAUAAUUUUAUUUCCUAAAAAAAAA